UAGUAUAGUAUAGUAAUAGCGUAGAUACACUUCAGAAAAGAGAAAAGAUUUUUUUUUAUUGUAAACAUAAUAUUCGAAAGAAACACCAAAAAUUUUACAUUUUAUCACUAUUUAUAUUAUGAAAUUAUUUAAGUUUACCUAAGAAAUUGUUUACACACGUUAUUGUAUAAUUCUUAGUUAAGUUGUGAUGUUAUCGACAUUUAAAAGAUAAUACAAAAUGAUAAAAGAUAGCUGCUUUUCUAUACAAAAGUAUAAAGUAACUACUGUUGAGCCGACAGCAUAUUAUGUAUCAGAGUUUAUAACACCCGAGGAAGAGAAGUACAUUAUAUCAAAUAUAUACUCAUCUCCAAAACCAAAAUGGACCCAACUUUCCAAUAGAAGAUUGCAGAAUUGGGGUGGUAUUCCUCACAGCAAAGGCAUGAUAGCUGAAGAAAUUCCAAAAUGGCUGCAAACAUAUAAUGAAAGAAUACAUAAUUUGAACUUAAUGAAUGGUAAUAAACCUAACCAUGUACUUGUUAAUGAAUACUUACCUAACCAAGGCAUACUGCCACAUCUAGAUGGUUCGUUAUUUUACCCUACAAUAACAACAAUCUCUGUGGGUUCACAUACAAUAUUAAAAUUUUUACAACCAAUUACAAAUGAAUGUUCUUCAUUAAAACCCGUCUUCUCUUUUCUCUUGGAACCGAGAAGUUUACUUGUCCUACAGGAUAAGUUGUUCACCUACUAUUUGCAUAGUAUAGAUGAAGUCCAUGAAGAUGUAUUAGAUGACUUCGUAGUAAACUUAAAUAUGUGUUCUGAUAAGUACGUCAAAAAUACAACAGUGGCUCGUGACACAAGAAUAUCGUUGACAAUAAGACAUGUGCCGAAAACAACAACUUUCAAAAUUAAUAUUGGUAAUAAAAGGUGAAUGAAGUAAAUUUAUUAGUGGAUGCAAAAUUAAACAGCUCAUUGAAAUUACACAUUCAGACAUGAGAUGUUCUUGUUACAAGUGUUUCUAUAUGGCUGUAUAUAAAAAAUUAUUCAGUAUAGAUUUUUCGAAAAUUU